UUGCCAUUUUACUUUCACUUUGUUGUCCUGGUCUCCAGAAAAGUCUCUAAAAAGCCACUUACUCACUUUUCAUUUUUUCAUUUUUAUUUUUUGAGCUACUGAAAAAUCAACUGGAAUAAACGAAAAAAUAUAUAAUAUAUAACUAUGAAUACUGAUAGAUCAAGUGUCACUGACAUUUCUGAAAUCUUCACUUGUCGAUUAUUGUUGAUGGUGCUCUCCCUUACUUUAAGGUUGUCCUCCAGAGCCAUGGAUAUCCUCAUGGAAGAGGUUUUCAGUGUGACCGGCAACACCAGCCAUGAAACAGGACUAGAGAAACUAAAUGGCACCCAAAGCCAAGGACUCAACCACAGUGACCCCCUGGACAUGUUUAUAGGCAUGGAGCUUCUUCUACGCUUCAAACCUCUCUUCCUGCCUCUCUACUGCCUCAUAGUGGCCGUGGCUGGUGUUGGAAACUCUUUCCUCUUGGCUUGCAUCUUGGCUGACAAGAAACUCCAUAACGCCACCAACUUUUUCAUUGGUAACUUAGCAGCUGGAGACCUGCUGAUGUGUUUGAGUUGUGUCCCACUGACUGUGUCUUAUGCCUUUGACAGCCAUGGCUGGGCUUUUGGGAGACCACUCUGCCACCUGGUCCCCUUGCUGCAGUGUGCCACAGUGUUUGCAUCAGUGCUUUCACUCACUGCCAUUGCUGUGGACCGCUACAUUGUUGUAGCUCACCCAGUACGGAGGAGGAUCUCUGCUUGGGGUUGUGGUGCAGUGACUCUGGGUGUGUGGCUUUUAUCUCUGGCCCUGGCCGCACCUCCGUCUCUCUACACGCGCUAUCUGGACCUGCGACCCAGUGGCAUCAACCUGGUAGUGUGUGAGGAAUUCUGGCCAAAUAGUGGCAAUCUGCGGCUGCUGUACUCCUUCUUCAUUCUCAUAGCCUCCUAUAUGAUCCCGCUGCUGUCGGUCAGCAUAUCCUACUGUGCCAUCACUGUCAGCCUAAGACGCUAUUCAGUACCUGGAGAGCCAUACAAUAGCCAACAGCGCUGGAGCCAAAGGAGGAAGAGGACUUUCUCUCUGCUGGUGGCCUCAGUGCUGGCCUUCGCUCUGUGUUGGAUGCCCCUGCAGGUGCUGAAUCUGUUGCUGGACCUGGAUCCAGACUUCCAGAUCAUGGGGAAGCGCUACAUAAAUGUCUUACAAGUCUGCUGUCAUUUAGUGGCUAUGAGCUCUGCGUGUUACAACCCCUUCAUCUAUGCCUCACUGCACAGCAAGGUGCGCAUGCACUUAAAAGGCUACCUCUGUCCUUGUCGCAAUCGUCAGAGUGGGAUGGUGGAGAGAGCAACGUCCAGGAGCUGAUUUCCGACUGCUAUGAUACAACCACUGUAGCAGCUCCUGAUAUGCAGAGCCCUGUCCUUACCCACAAGCUAACACCUGCAUCUCUAUGUUAAUGUCUGAGGUGUCCAGAAAAUAAGAUAACUGCUCAACAUCCAUACAAACAAGAUUCCUCCCAUUUCUUUUUGUGGCUUCAAGACAGUUGGUUCUCACAUGUACAGUGUCACCAUAGGCAGCACUAAACAAGGCCAUUUAUGACAAACAGGCAAGAAGCAGAUCCCGACCAGACUGUAGUUUAGUAUAAUGAUGAAGACGAUUAAGGCAUCCACUGGGAUCCCUGUAUUUUUCUUGGAUGGCCAAGCUGCUGACAUAGACGUUAAGCAGAUCAUGCAGCUCUAAAAAGGCCAGCAUGGGCAUAAACAGACCCUCAGGCUGAGGGGCUCUGAAACAGACUUGCUAGAGGCUGAGACCAGGGCCUGAUUUAACAGUAGACGCUUGACUUUGGGGAGAUGACCGGACAUUGAACUCUUCUCACAAGACAUGGUUUAAAGACCAAGAAGAGGAUGUGCAAAAGACACAAUGUGGCUGUUUUAUUUCAUCCCUUGUACUGACUGUCUGUUCUUCAAAAUUGUAUUCUUAAAAGCAGUUAUGUCCUUCUUGAUUUACCAACAUUAUAUUCGAUUUUUUGUGUUGAAAUACACAUGUUAUUUUUAAUGUUAUUAUGUAGUAUUCAUUCUCUGUUAUUUGGAUCCACAGUCUAACUUUGUGUCAUCUGUGCACAUAGACAAAUACAUUUGUGUUUGUGCAUACAUGUGGUGUGCACAGUUUGUGUGGACCUGGAUGGAAAAGAUCAAUAUGUACAGCAGUGCUGCACUUCUGUUUGUAAAAUAUAAUCAAUACCAAAUGCAUAAAGGUGUUACCUGAUGAACAAAGACUCUUUGGCUCUGUCUGGAAAAUAAGAUAGACACAAUGAUCAACU